AAGUCGACCAGACUCCGACAAAUGUUGCUGUCUUCAGAUCUAGAGUUCAUCAUGGAAGCUCACAACGGUAUUAGCGCCAUCAUUGCCGAAGAGGCUGGGUUCAAAGGCAUCUGGGCAAGCGGGCUGUCGAUCGCCACUCAACUCGGUGUACGCGACAGCAACGAGGCUUCAUGGACGCAAGUGCUAGAGAUUCUAGAGUUCAUGAACGACGCCUGUUCAAUUCCCAUCUUGGUUGACGCAGACACAGGGUAUGGCAACUUCAACAACGCCAGGCGACUAGUGCGUAAACUAGAGGAUCGUGGAAUUGCUGGAGCGGCUGUCGAGGACAAGUUGUUCCCAAAAACAAACUCACUUCUAGAUGGCAGACGACAACCGUUGGCCGAUGUUAAAGAAUUUGCUUUGAAGAUUCAGGCCAUGAAGGACGUACAGAGGGACCCAGACUUCAACAUCGUGGCCAGGGUCGAGGCUUUGAUUGCCGGAUGGGGCGUGGAUGAAGCUCUCAAACGAGCUGACGCUUACCUGGCCGCUGGGGCGACGGCCAUCCUGAUGCACAGCAAGCUGAAGGAGCCAACGGACAUCUUAGAUUUCUUAAAGGCUUGGAAAAACAAGGGACCUGUCGUCCUGGUGCCAACCAUGUACUACAAGACGCCGAUGCAAGUCUGGAGGGAUCACAAGGUGUCUCUAAUCAUCUGGGCCAAUCACUCAAUGAGGGCAUCCGUGAAGGCCAUGCAGGACCUCACAGCUCAAAUCUACAAGGAUCAAAGCACCGUUGGCGUAGAGUCAAAGAUUGCUCCUGUGAAAGAACUGUUCCGGCUAACCAAAGAUGAUGAACUGAAAACAGCCGAGAACACGUAUCUGCCACAAGUGUAA